CGUCAGUGUUCAAAACAAUACUUGAAGUUCCGCCUGUCUGGCGCCGUGUUCACAUGAAGAUGUCUCAAAAUAAUCCCGACAAAGACGACCACACGUCUAGCAACAAAAAGUCAAUCUCCCUCCCGAUUUCCAGAGUGAGGCUGAUCAUGAAGAGCUCCCCGGAUGUCUCCAGCAUCAACCAGGACGCUCUUUUCCUCACCACCAAGGCGACAGAGCUGUUUGUCCAGCACCUGGCUCUCUCCUCAUUCAACAACGGAUCCGGGAAGGGAACCAACACCUUGUCCUACAGCGACCUGGCUAACACCGCGGAGGAGACCGAGACUUUCCACUUUCUAACAGAUAUCCUGCCUAAGAAGAUCUUGGCUCGAGAUUACCUCAAGUCUUUGGAGCAAAUGCCAGAAGAGGACACUGACUUUUAAAAAGGACACUGGCCGCACUUCACAUCUGGACAGAUCAAAUGUACACGUCCUGCCAUUCUUUUAAAAUUAAGUGACUGGCAGAAGAGACACCCUGAACUUUCUCAAUGCUUUUAAAUACAUUGACAGAGUUCAGCUGCAGGGCGUGGAACUGGAAGUAAAGGCACACAGAGCUAAUGUGAAAUCAAGUGAAGACUCGGAGAUCAACUUAAAAACAACAACACCACAGAGAGUCUUAGAGGAAAACUAAAACUUGUACCAUAUAUCUACGAUAAAUAAUUGAUGCUAGCAAGCUAGAUUUGUAUUAACGGCCUAAACAAAGCAGCCUUAGAUGGAUCAUAAAGCAAUCAUUCCUUAUGUGUUCUACAGAAUCAAUUACCUCUAUAAAGACAAUAUUUUUGUGUCGUCAAAAGUACUGUUUUUGCUCAUAAAUGACACACUUGAAUAGUAGAUCUUUAACAUUUCUAGGAUUUCAGAAUGAUUUUGCCUUUGUCCUGUAUUCCUAGACCCUCUUGGAAUGAUUCCUGAUGGCAGUGUUUUAUACAUUUUGUUUGUUUUGCAUGUAAAGCUAUUAGGAGGAAUUAAUUGGUUUUUCUAAACAACUUGCAGGGGCCCUUCAUGUAACAGACAUAGAAUUAAUUCCACACAGCUGGAGCACAGACGUCUCAGCUCCUGGGUUUUUACUGCCUUUCAAAUAUGAUUGGGUGAACACUCUAUUUUAGAGAUGCUGUCAAACAUUGAUUUUCAAGUGAAAUGCACUGGUUUUCCUAAUUCUAAGUUAUACAUGAUAUUGUCUUUUUUUUUUUUUUUAAAGAUAUUGUCAUGUUUUAGUUGUGAUUUUCAUAAAUACUUGAAAGUUGUUUGAACUGAUGGAAAGUACAAAUAACUCUGUUUCCCAGUUUAAAUACAAAGCAGCUGAACAUGCUGUGUCUUCCCAAAUUAAAAUUCAGACUCCACCCAACACAUGUGAAUAUUUAAAGUGUAUAUAACAGCUGACCUCCUUUCAAGGCGUCUUCAUAUAUUUGCGAGUUUGUUAUUUAGAUUUGAUAUUAAAAUAAAGCAAAUUAAACAAGUCACUUAUUCUA